AUGACGAUGAUCUUGAAAUCACAACUCAUAUUCUUCCUUUGCGCCUUAAUUAUAUCAUUUCCGACCAUACUCUCUGCCUACAUUUCGGAUAACCGAAUGAUGAGAGGUGCUAACGAGAAUGAGCAAGAGGCUCCGCAAUCACAAAGUGCAGAAGGACCGUCAAAGAAGCGACAGAAAAGUAACACGCCAGGAGAGAGAAAAGAAGGUAAACACAACUCUAAUGCGAGAUACAAAUCUAAGUUCAGUAAUGCUGCUGUGGCCGAUGCAAUGAAGCAUCUAAGCGGAGAUGAGAUACAGCUGAAAAGAUACGGGAAAGACGAAGACUUGUAG